AUGGCGGCCUUUGCUGUUCAAUCUGGUGCCAAUGGUGAUGCAGAGGAAGGACUCCUCAACAUUCAGGUCUCGGGCAUGGACGGCACAGAUCUCCUGCUGACGGUGUCGGUUCAGCUGUUGGGAUCUGAGUUGCUAGACCUCAUCCAUGAGCGGCUAGGAAGUCAUCGAGGAGCAAUCACCGUGCAGAAAGGAUCUAUGAUGCUAUCCAGGACUCAGACUCUCCAAGAACAAGGGCUGAUUGACUUGAGCUACCUGAGCUAUGUGUAUUUGCCCACUAACUUCAAAGAUGCUUGGAGGCUUCUCAGAGACUUACCAGUUGACCAUGAUUGGGGACUUCUCAGAGACUUACCAGUUGACGAUGAAUUGACCGCUCUAGAUGGCAUAGGCAGAGUGGAAGGCAUUCAGACAUUGGAUCAGCUCAGGGCGCUGCCUAGACUUCUUCGCAGUCUCAAAUUUGGUGAUCGCUUCGACUUCUGUCUGGAGCAAGUGGUUUUUCCCCGAGAGCUGGAAAGUCUCAGCUUUGGCCAGGACUUUGACCAAAGCCUUGCAAGAGUGACCUUCCCGAAAAGCCUUCGCAGUCUAACAUUUGGCCAGAAAUUUAACCAGACGUUGGUGGGGGUGGCCUUACCCAGCCUUCACAGUCUGAUAUUUGGCCGGAGGUUCAACCAAAGUUUGGCUGGAGUGGCUAUGCCGAGUGGCCUUCGGAGCUUGACUUUUGGUUUUGAUUUCAACCAGAGUUUAGCUGGCGUAGUUUUUCCCAAUAGCCUCCAGACCUUGACAUUUGGUGACUCAUUCAACCAGAGCUUGGAUGGAAUCCAUUUGCCUGGUAACCUCGAAAGUUUGGAGUUUGGCCUGAAAUUCAAUCAGAGACUAGGAUCUUCUUUGCCGCAGAGCCUACAAAGACUAACCUUAGGCUUUUCGUUCAACAAAAGUUUGGAAGGAAUCGCGCCACUGCCCCCAAGCCUGCGGAGCCUGCGCUUUGGCAGUCGAUUCAACCAAAGCUUGGAACAAGUGACGUGGCCCAGUAGUCUGGAACAUCUCACAUUCGGACACCAAUUCAACCAGAGCUUGGAGAGAGUUUUAUGGCCUCAAAGACUACAGAGUUUGACAUUUGGCUUUGAAUUCAAUCAGAGGUUGCAACACGUGAGCUGGCCGAGCAGUCUGCAGAAUCUUUCAUUUGGAGAAGGAUUUAAUCAGACCUUAGACGGGGUUGCAUUUUCCAUUGGCCUGCAACAUCUUGCUUUUGGCUAUGAGUUCAACCAGAUUUUGGAUCAAGUGAGUUUUCCCAGCCAUCUUCAGUCGUUGGCUUUUGGUGAGGAGUUCAACCAAAGUGUCGAGGGAGUUGAAUUUCCCGCGAGCCUCAAAAGUCUUAGCUUUGGCUCUGAGUUCAACCAGAGUUUGGAGCGAACAACUUUGCCACAAAACCUUGAACGCCUGAGCUUUGGCAACAAAUUUAAUCAGAGUCUCGACGGUUUGACUCUACCAAGCCUUCAAAGUCUACAGUUGGGGAGUGGCUUCACUCGCUGCUUGGAGUGGGUCUCGCUUCGAUCAUUGCAUGAUCUCACUCUCUACAGCGUUUGCAAUCAGUGUUUGCAGCGAUUGGCUUCUUUCGGCUUCCUCCAACACCUGACACUUUGCUGUGGCUUCACCAGGGGCGACGCGGAGGCGGAGAGCGCGGAGAGGCCGCAGCCCUUGACCUUCCCCAAUGGCCUUCAAAGCUUGACCUUUGGCAGUCGCUUCAACCAAAGCUUGCAAGGGGUUGUGCUCCCAACCUCGCUCCGGAGUCUGACAUUUGGCAAUUCGUUCAAUCAGAGUCUGGCGGGAGUGGAGUUGCCCAGCAGCCUGCAGUGUCUUCACCUUGGUGGCAAAUUCAACCAGAGUUUCGAAGGGGUGUCUCUUCCUGCAUCCCUUCAAACCUUAAGUGGUGGUGAGCUCUUAUUGAGCGUUUGA